UACAAAAAUAGAAGCUCUAGAAUGCCAUAUUCCGAAGAAUACAUCAAGACGAAACUCAUCAAGUCUUUGGACGCCUCUCACGUCUAAAGAAUUCCCUCGGGAGAAAUGUCUGACCUGGGAGUCCUCGGUCUCGUAAUCGGUGUGGGUGUGAUCCUAAGAAUCUCCACAAGUCUCCACCCGUACAGUGGCCAAAGCAAACCCCGGAUGUACGGUGAUUACGAGGCGCAACGCCAUUGGCAGGAGAUAACAGUUCAUGUUCCGUUGAAGGAUUGGUACAGAAACACAACAAACAACGACCUGGAGUACUGGGGUCUGGAUUAUCCACCACUGACUGCGUACCACAGUCUGUUGCUCGGAAAAAUGGCUAAUUUCUGGAAUCCCUCGUUCGUCGAGCUGAAGACCUCCCGAGGAUUCGAAUCCGACGAUCACAAGCAGUUCAUGAGACUGUCAGUCCUCCUAGCAGAUCUCUUGCUCUUCAUUCCAGCGGUUGUCCUGUAUUUCCACUCUUCAGAGCCCUCCGAUUCCUCUAAGGAGCUCUCAAAGUCCUCUCAGCCCUCCAAUAAGUCCUCAGAGUCCUCAGAGUCCUCAAAGUCCUCUAGACUCCCCGAAGACUUCCGCAAGUCCUACAAAGAGCCUUUGAAGUCCUCAAAAAAGUCUUUAAAGUCCGCUGAAUCUUCUAAAAAGUCUUCAAAGUCCUCGAAAGAGACUUUGGAUACCUCAGAGUCCUCUACCAAGUCUCCACAGUCAUCCAAGGAGUCUGAAAAGUCCGAAAAGUCCUUUAAAUCUCACAAAAACACCUCACAGUCUCUCGAGUGCUCUGUGAAGUCCUCCACCCUCCUUGAAUCUCCCCCAAUCCUAGACUUGAAGUCCUCCCACCUCCUCAUGCUCUCCUCUCUCCUCUACCCCGGGCUAAUCCUGAUCGAUCACGGUCACUUUCAAUACAACUCCAUCUCCCUCGGUCUCUUCAUCCUCGCAGUCCUUUUUAUGUCGAAAAAAUUAAUUUCCCUCGCCUCCAUCUUCUUCGUCCUUGCUCUCAACUACAAACAGAUGGAGCUCUACCACUCUCUUCCAUUUUUCUUCCACAUCCUGGGGCUCUCCCUGAGGAUGAGCCGAGACUCCUGGUGCUCCUCCCUGGGGCUCAUCCUGAAAACUGCAGUCGUCGUCCUGGGGACUUUUUUUAUCAUCUGGGGGCCUUUCAUCAUCGAGUGGCCAGCAGCCCUCGAUGUUCUCUUCAGGCUCUUCCCAGUGGGUCGAGGACUCUUCGAGGACAAAGUCGCCAACAUCUGGUGCGCUUUAAACGUCAUCGUCAAGCUCAAGGAGAUCCUUACACCUGCGCAACUCCUCAAGAUCACAUUUUUCGUGACUGUCUCUUCAGUUCUGCCUUCCAAUAUUCAUCUACUCCUCAGGCCCACGAGGAAGACGUUCCUCUUGGCUCUGAUUAACACAUCCCUCGGGUUCUUUCUCUUCUCGUUUCAAGUCCACGAGAAGUCCAUUCUCCUCGUCGCUGUCCCGGUGAUGCUGCACUUCGGGGAUGAUCCGUUCUUCUGCUUCUGGUUCUUGAUUAUUUCGAGUUUUUCGAUGAUUCCGCUUAUUUUAAAGGAUCAAUUGGGACUCGCGUUCUGUGGAACUCUGGGAUUUUAUUCUGUCGCUGUCGGGAUGAUGUUCCCUCAGGUCCUUCAGACCUGGAGGUACUUGGGGGGUAGCAGGGUGAGGCAGACCUCGGGGAGGAUUGCGUUUUGGGGGUCGAUGUUUGGCGCGAUUUUUCUGGCUUUUGCUUGUGCUUUUGUGCCACCCCCUGGAAAGUAUCCCGAUCUGUUUCCGCUACUUGUGUCGGUUUAUUCCUGUGCACACUUCCUCGGGUUUUUAAUUUAUUUCAAUGUCAAGCAGAUCUUGGGGACAGGAUGAUGAAACUUUAAUGCCUUCGAUUGAUUGAUUGAUUUUUGCUGUGAAAGCAUGAGCCCAUUUUUUACCGAUUUCUCCUUAAUUUCUCGAAAUUGAACGGAGAUAGCGAUUUUUCGGUGUCUACAUUUUUUAUAGAAAAUUAUUAGAGCUACAAAAAAGGUAUCGACAAAAAUAUCUCUAUCUGCCUUCUAUUCCGAGAUAUUCACCAAAAACUGGAGUAAAUAAACGCGCUCACCAUUUCGCGACAGAAUUGCCGAUAUUUAUUGAAAAAUUAAGACUGUUAAUCUCUCUCCGCAAAACAUUCAAAUAUUUUUAUAAAAAAAAACAGAUAGAAAAUCCGAAACUUUCUAGAGCAAACGAGAGAAUUUUUCCAACAAUUUUUCGCAUUCAACAUAUUCGCACAAAGGAUCAAACCAAAAAAGCAUUUCAAUUUGUUAAUUAAAACAUCCCGUUGAAGAUUCACAAAAAAACAUUGUUAAUUUGAAAAUCUCCUGCGAAGGACUGAUAGUUGUCUUGACAAAUGAUUUUCAAAUAUAAAAUUUACUGGUGUAAUCUCUGAUGUAAUAUUCUGUACAUAUUUUUGUGAAUAAAUUCGAUUAAUCGAUCUCAA